CAAACUCAAGGUAAACGGAGCUUUUCAAGCUCAAUCGACAACUAAGGCUUUCGUUUCCACCCAAAGAACCCAGACGACCGACAACUAUAUAUAUAACUUAGAGCAUUACGUUUCUAAUAUUGAUAGGUAUAUAGAUGGACAGUUUAUCGAAGAUUUCAUAAGGCUAUCUCUGAGUAAAAGCUAACAAUGGAUAAAUAUGAAGUUGUUCGAAUGAUUGGUGAAGGAGCCUUUGGGAAGGCAUUUUUGGUGAAAUUAAAGGUGACAAAUAAACAAUGUGUGAUUAAGGAAGUCAAUUUUUCAAAGAUGCCAGCUAAAGAGAAGGAAGCUUCUCGCAAGGAAGUGACCCUUCUUUCUAGAAUGAAGCAUCCAAACAUUGUUACAUUUAUAAAUUCUUUUGAAGAGAGAAUGAACUUGUAUAUUGUCAUGGAGUAUUGUGAUGGUGGAGAUCUGAUGAAGAAAAUCAACAUGCAGAGGGGAACACUUUUUCCAGAGGAACAGAUUCUGGACUGGUUUGUACAAAUUUGCUUGGGCCUGAAGCAUAUUCAUGACAGAAAGGUUCUGCACAGAGACAUCAAGUCCCAGAAUAUUUUUCUAGCCAACAAUGGCAGUAAAGUUAAACUUGGGGAUUUUGGAAUAGCAAGAAUGUUGAACAACACCAUGGAACUAGCCAGAACCUGUGUGGGUACACCAUAUUAUCUUUCUCCUGAAAUCUGUGAGAGUAAGCCAUACAAUAAUAAAACAGAUGUCUGGUCUCUAGGUUGUGUGCUUUAUGAACUCUGCACCCUGAAGCAUCCAUUUGAAGGCAACAAUUUGAGACAUCUGAUAGUGAAGAUUUGCAGGGGUUACUUUGUACCAGUUUCUCCAAAGUACUCAUAUGACCUGCGAUAUCUGAUUACUCAUCUUUUUAAAGUAAACCCUCGUGACAGACCUUCAAUUAAUUCUCUCUUGAAGAAGCCAUUCUUAGAAAAACGAAUAGUGAAGCAUUUAAGUUCAGAGGAAAUGGAAGAAGAAUUUAGCCAUACAGUACUCCACAAGAAGAAGUUUACCACUGCACAAUCACCCACUCCUCAUCCAGUAAAGGCAUCAGAUGUUAAAAGUCAUAAGCCCAGGUCCCAGGCAAGACCUCCAGGCACCCCUUUAAAGAAAGUAGAUCCACGCAGAAAUGAAUGGAAGCCUCCUGCCAAGAUCUAUCAGCAAGAUUAUAAACACAAGCCUUAUGAACAUUACCAUGCUGAGCUAGACAUGUUACAGAAAAAAGUGCUUGAACAGCAGACACCACAGCACCAUAUGAAUCGUCAAGGAGCCUACCACUUCAAUGUUGCCAACCCAUAUCAUAGGCCUGCUGUUAAUAAUGAUGAGUUCCUGCAAAGACGACAUGAAGCAAACCAGAAUAAAAUUAAAAUAGAAAAGCAGCUGGGGCUGCGUCCUUCUACAGGUGAUGCUAAUCACCGCAGAGUUCCAGCACAGUCCCCCAAAGCUCUCCCACCUGCAGAUGUGCCAAGAAAACAAGGUGGAAAGCAAAUUAAUGAGGAGGACUACUUGAAACAGCUGAAGGCCAUACGGCAACAGUAUCAUAGAGAAAUGAAAGAUAUGAAGGCUAAAGCAGUUCUGGAGAAUAAACCACCAGGAAAAGCUGAGACCUAUCUGGUAAAACCAAUCAAAGUAGAAGAGAUUCUGGAUGAAGCACUUAGUAAUGGAAAUAAAAAGGCAUCCCCUGAGGACAUGGACAAGGAUCUUAAUAAAAUUAUGUAUGAGAACCUAAAGGAGAGGAAGGCACUUGAGAAGAAAUAUAAUGCAAAGAAAGGAGUGAAAUUUGAGAUACAAUUAGAUGAGAAGAUAGAAGAAACCCCUCUUGAAGAGGAAAAUGAUAUUUUGAACCAAACGCUGACUUUCCUUGAUGGGGAGUUUCUGAAGAAAGUUGACUGGAAUAUUGGUAAAGACAGUGCAUCUCCAGAGAAAGAAUUAAGCCAACCAGAGCACAAUGUGGCUGAAGUUGAACAGAGGCGGCAGUGGAAUCAGGGUCCUCCCCAAACCCUGCUAAGAGCCAUAGCCGAAACAGAUGUUUCCUCAAUAUGCCCUACAAUGCAUGGAGAUAUCUUAGAAGAUGAAGAUGCAAUGUAUCCUGUAUCACCACUAAAUAGGAAACAUUGGGGUGCACAGCCUCCUUCCACUCUCCUGAAUAUACUAGCAGAGGCAGAACUGACCUCUGUCAUUUCCACAAUGACUGAAAAUGAAGCAGGUGUGAUACAUACAAUUGGAGAUGAGCCAAUUGAUAAAGAUUCUGCCUCGGAUAUUGAUGUGGAUGAAGAACGCCUUGAACCUAGAUCAGAUGACGAUGACACGAACUUUGAAGAAUCAGAAGAUGAACUGCGAGAUGAAGUGGUUGAAUCCAUGAAAAAUGUUGUCAUUUCCCCAGAAGACCAGGAGGAACCAACACAAAUGCUAGAAGAACAGAGAGAGAAUCCCAGUGAACCGGUGUUGUGUAGUGGUGAGAAGGAGCUGCAAUGCUCAGAAGUGAAUGAAGGCAAUGAACAGCUAGAAUUGAUGGAAGGAAGCGAGAGAAGCCAAGAGGAGAAAGCUUGGCAGGUAGAAAAUAAAAAUGAAAAAGAAAAAACUGCAAAAGUGUAGAACAGCUGAAAGGUAUGAAACUUGGAAGCUUGAAAAUGAUCUCCGACUCACAGAAGUUUAUUCCUUAAUAUUUAAAAAAUAUAUACGUACUCAAUAUUUAGUAAAUGAAGCAGUCAUUUGAAUUUUGGAAAAAUGGUAUUGAAUGAUAGUCCAAUAACUGUGGCUAUUAGGUUAAUCAGGUUAUUAAUUAGUAAAAUGGGAUUAAUGUGCAAUACAAUUAACAUUCUGGUCACACAAGCCUGCCUUUAACUCUGCAUAUCCUUGAAAUAUAAAAGGGUACUUGUCUUUACUGUAAUAGUCUAGAUCAGUGGCUCCCAAACUCAAUCCUGGGGACCCCCUGUGGCUGCAGGUUUUUGUUCCAACCAACUUUCGUUUUUCAUUGGACUCCUAGCCUAAUUAAGUGAGUCGUUACUUCCCAGUUUUUGUGUUUGGGAGUCAAUGUAGAAAUUACAAAGUUUGGUAGAUUUUUAUUAAAAUGUAAUAUGCAGUUAUAUGGGGAAUAUGUAGUUAUCGAGAAUGGUAAACCGGAUGGACACAGUGACAUGGGCCGUGGACGCAAAAAAACAUAGUGCGCAGGCGCCACACAAAUUCCCCCUCCAACCAACGGAAAUCGCACGAGAUAUGGUGCGCCCACUAACAGAAAUGAGGCAACGCGCCCAUAGCACACACAUAAAAAAGGAGUUAGAGGCAGGCGCCACACAAAGCCCAUACAGACGCAGGCUCCACACAAAGCCCAUAGCACACAAAAAAAAGGAUUCAGACCCACGCCCCAGACUGUGAGAAAUGAGGCAACACGCCUAAGAAAUUAGCACACAAAAAAAAACCAGACGCGGGCACCACACGAAGCCCGUAUCACACAAAAAAGAGGAUUCAGACCCACGCCCCACAGUGAAACGGGACAGACUACGGAGUCCACACACUAACAUAAAUAGGAAAUGAGACACAAACCACCCCUCCACUAACAGAAAUAAGAAAUGAGACAACGCGCCCAUAGCACACAACACAGAGGAGUCACACGCAUGCGCCACACAAAGCCUAUAGCACACAAAAAAGAGGAGUCAGACACACGCCCGAAAUUGAAAAGUUACAGACUACCGACUCCAUACAGGGUCUCCCAUCGAGACCGAGAUUACGGCUUAAAAACGAAAGCCACAAAUACGGACAAAACAACAUAUUUGAAUCACAUUAUCCCCGCCUAACAGUGAAACGGGACAUACUUCGGAGUCCACAAAGGUUCACAAAUCACGCCCGAGAUUGUACGGACAAAGAGUAGUCACCCCCCCCCCCCCCCCCCCCCCAACGUCACAGACUACGGAGUCCCACUACAUAGCAGUAUCCACGCACUUCUAAAAAACCGGACGCGGACACCCGCCGUCAUACAUAAACAACAAGAAAACGGACCAAAAUACAUAUUACAAUCACAUUACAGUGAAACGAUCUUAAUAGGACACCCACUGAUAACACAGACACAACAUCUUAUGUGUAAUAAUAAGAAGAAACAAACGCUCCGUAUUAAACGUUCGUCAUCUGAACACGUAAAAAGUUUACAUCAUAGGUAAAUCUCAGUACAGUGAGGCACUAUUAACCGUACAACCACAGAAAACGCUCCAUUUUAACAGUGAGUGUGUUCAUCCUUAUUACUUAUCCAUAUUACUAACGACAAAGAACAGAGCACUCAUGAAUUCACCAUCACGACUGCAAAACGAUACGCCUCGAGUAACAGAACCACACAGACGACCCCGCAUGAAAAAAAACAAUAAACGUAAGCGCCUACAACGCGCUUCUGAAACCGCAGAAGAAAAACUGUCUCGGCUCCAAAAACAAAAAACUCGACUAAAAAGGUACAGAAAUGAGCCCAAAUGGAAAGAUACAAUUAACGUGGAUGCAUGCAGCGCACGUCUCAAACUGCGGAAGCAAAGCAGGCACGAACUAUACCGCAUAGGUGGAUCACAUUACAGUGUUGCCUUAUUAACAGUACGUUAAACAUCACAAUAUCGCCAAAAAAUGAAAAUCCAUAUUACUCGAAAAACGGAAAAUAUGUUAGCCGCGGAACAGAUGUCAUUAAAACAGAAGCAGAAUAAAGCGAGAUCAGAAAUGAAAGACAGAGUACAAAGAAAAGUACAACAUCAUAAACAGGUUAAACGAGGGGACCAAACACAUUGACAGCAAGUUACAGAUGAUGAAGACCGGAAUUCAAAAGCUUCAAGAACAAAACCUCGACUAACCGAGAUACAAACUGAAACGAGAAACACUACGGUGUCCGCAGUGGUCCACAAUGCACCGCAUAAUAGUACAGACGCAGCUCCGUCUUAACAGUGGAGGGCCCCACAAUCACACGGGCGGACGCUCCGCAUUAAACGUGCGUCAUCCUACCACAUGGCUGCCCGGCGGGCACGGGUUCAAAACGCCAGGGGUAGGCGAGCGAAGCGAGCAGGGGGCGGAGCCCCCUUGUUUAAUUUACUAAUUAGCGGGUCUGACACUGAAGUUGUUGCUGUUUUCAUCAAACCGGGUGUCUGCUCUGCUGGUUGUUAAUUGUCACUAUUAGGGUGAAAUGAAGGGAGCAAACUACACAGAAAAAGGGGAAAUAAUAGGAGAACAACAAAACAGUGUUAAGCAUUUAUAGCUUUAGAAAUUUUUCUAAAUGUCUUAUAAAUGUAAAAACCAUACAGUUGUGUUUUUCUGAAAGCAGAAUAAGAGAAGAGUAAAAAAGACCAGCUAAUUAAAUGAGAUGAGUUGUUACCGAUUAUUAUCACCAAUUGUGAAUCUGCAGCCACAGUCGGUCCUCAGGGUCGUGUUUGGGAACCACUGGUCUACAGUACUGGUAUAAAAAAAAAAAAUCCAAAAGAAUGUAAUUGUGAAAGAAAAAAUCUAUUUUUUGCAGGCAUUCAGUAUCAUUUUUGUGACCCUUGUGUACUUUGUUUCUUAUUGCUAUACUUUAAAAUAUGUCCUUUAUAAAACUGUAGCAAACUGAUUUACUCAAGCAAGGCCAUCUACCCCAGUAGUUAUAUUUACAUUUCUAUUUCAGUGCAAUCUAAAGUUGUAAAUUGCAAAUUAAAAAAUCCUUUUAUUAUCUUAUUAUCAAAUGGUAUUUGUAUAUCUCUUUGCAUACAAUGGAUAUAAAAUGUUUACAGAGCCCAUUUGGGAAAUUCUAUAGUAAGAGCUGAUUUAGCUCAGGGCUAAUCAGAAAUACUUUAGUACACAAUUUGGAAUGUGACUGGUUAAAGAUUAAGAAAGGUGGUUGCACACUUUGGUAACCAAAGACAGGUUUUUCCUAAGAGCAAUUAAUUUGUUCACUUAAUAACUUGUGAUGCACAUUUUAUUUGAAAGGUGAAAAAGGAUCUGACAUGGAUUGUCUUGACUUCAGCCUUUACAUCAGUCAGUCAGUCAGUCAUUCUCCAACCCAUUAUAUCCUAACACAGGGUCACGGGGGUCUGCUGGAGCCAAUCCCAGCCAGCACAGGGCACAAGGCAGGAACAAAUCCCGGCAGGGCACCAGCCCACCGCAGGGCACACACACACACCCACACACCAGGGACAAUUUAGGAUCGCCAAUGCACCUAACCUGCAUGUCUUUGGACUGUGGGAGGAAACCGGAGCACCCGGAGGAAACCCACGCAGGCACGGGGAGAACAUGCAAACUCCACGCAGGGAGGACCCGGCCUUUACAUCAAUAAAAUCUUAAAUUUGUGUAGGAGUAUGUAGACAUGUGAUGUCCACCAUAUGUCACACAUAUCCUCUUUUCUUUUUUUAUGUUACAUUAAAAAAGAUUACCUUUCCUUUUUAUGUGCAAAGCACAUUUUAACUGGCUAAUUAAAAAAAAAUAAUAAAAAGCCUCCCAGGAAGUGUUGACUAUUUGUUUUCUUUGUCACAAUCUUUAAACCAGAAAGCUUAUGAAAAAGUACAUGUGCAUGAUACCAUUUAAAUUUAAAUAUUAUGUAAUACUAUGGCUGCAUGAAUGUACCCUCUCCAACCUGAUGAAUAUUCAGCAACAGGGUGGAAGAGUUCAGUUGUACACUCACUUGCCUUUUUAGCAAACUGUCCAACAGAAGAAUGAAUGCAGAUAUUUUUGAUCAUGUAAACCUAAUGUCUUUUCCUACAUUGGAAAAAUGACUUCAUAUUUGUGCGCAUGACCAUUGUCUGUAGUGUUUUACGCUUCGAAUUCUGAAUUGCAGCAAUCAUAAUUUUUUAAUGACAUAAGUAGAUAUGGUUCAAGGAACAGAUGUUAAACUGUUUAUUAAUAGAAUUUAAACAUAAUAAAAUAGUCUGCUCAUAAAAUACCUAUAGAGGAAAAAUCAAGCGGAGACCAAUCCUCAGGAGGACAUUUUAUGGAGGCAUUUUCCCACACAUAUAAUGCGCCUAUUCCUGAGUUGCUCUAUACAGUAUUUAUAUAAAACUAGUCAUUUAGCCCGUUACAAUAACGGGCGCUAGAACAGUAGUGCAUAACCAUUGGUAGGAACAGUCUAUAUUAAAUGGCAAGGGACCUUGACCUCAUUCUUUUUGUUGGUCGUAUUUUUCUUUCUUUCAGCCUUUCUUUUGUUGACGUUUACUUGCUGAGCUGACCGUUCUUCGUGGGCUGCCGCCGUGUAUUGUGUGUCUUUAAUUUUCUGUGGCAGUAAUACUGUCUUGUACGUCCGUAAUAUACCUUUAAUUUUCUCUGGCGGUAAUACAGGCGUGCACAUCGGUAAUAUGCCUUUAAUCUCCUCUAACAGUAAUACUGGCUUGUAUGUGGCUGUAAUAUGCGUCACUGUAUUGUGUACCUUUAAUUUCCUCUCGCAGUAAUACUGGUUUGUAUUUCCGUAAAACACCUGUAAUUUUCUCGGACAGUAAUAUCCCGCAUCGCACCGUGCCCCCGCGCAUGCACACUUCACCAGAAGACACACACAUGAACACCUGGACGCACACAGGGAUUUUAUUAAAGAGGAUGUCUGACACUUCAUCCAUUUUCUGAACCUGCUUACAGCAUGAGAGAGGCACAGAGGACUAGAGAUUAUUCCAGAUGAACUGGAUGUUAUAAAGAGUCAUCCAGCUGUAGCCUUCCCACACAACUUGACAUUUUAUCCACAAUUUCUCUUUCCUAUGUAUAUAAAACUGUAUUGUUACAGUUUUAAUGACAAUAUACUUCAACAGACAUUAUUCUGAAUUUGUUCUGUUCCAUUGAAAAGCAACCCCUUACUACUCCCUUGUUACUCUUUAAUCAAAAGCCAAAGGAUUCAUCUUUGCCCCAUAAUCUGUUAUUAGUUUUACUUCUUCCAGUUUUUUACGUUUGCACACUUUGUUCUAAAUCUCCACAACAUGUACUUUGAUGAAUAGUCUGUCAUGAAGGAGAUUAUCAGGUUGGCAGGUAGGUCAUAUCAUGGGUUUUUCUGUCUUUUGUUUCUUGUAUUCUGAAAACAUGAUCUCUUUUAUCUAAAUCAUUGCUUGUUUUAUGUAAGAAGUAUAUUUUAAGUUAAAUGUUCAGGAAUGGUAGAUUUCUUAUGGUAUGUAGAACCUGACAACUAUUUUUAAAAAUGUGCAAACAAUCACUUUUUGGGGGGAAUUCUAGGAUAAAUACUAGCAUGUAUGAUCUUUUUUACCAACUCACUCCUCAUAGCCUCAAAACCUUUCAAUGUAACCCAAGUGUUCCCUGUAUCUACUGGCAUGUUACCAGGAUCCUGACUAAUGAAACCUUUAAAAUAACAUGCAUUUAGAGUAUUUGCUAUUACCUUAUCUGUAUAUUUUAUUCCUCAUGUUGUAUUUUUCACCUCAUCCCUGAAUGGUCUCUUAUUUCCAAACUGCAGACCGAGUUAAUUUGACUUUGUAGCAUUAUUUUUUGGUUGCCCUUGUCCUAACAUCAUUUUUGUAAAUGGUACACACAUUUUUUAUACAAUUGCUCAUUAUAUCUAACAGCAUCUAAUUUUUACCUUUUGAAUUUUUGUAUUUGGAAUAAUUUUAUCUUGUUUCUGCAUAAUCCAUAGAUCUAAAAAUGUAUCUCAUUUUAUUACACAGUUGCUCAAAAUUUAUAUAUCUGAAGUUCUGUGUUUGUUUUUUUUUCUUCAAAUUUACACUGCCAAUAAACUGUGAAACUAA